AUGCUGACCAACGUCAUAUUUGACCUCGGCGGAACCUCUCGCGUCUGGUUUCGGACCCACGAGGACAAUCUCACCAGCUGGAACACGUUCAAGAAACAGCUCCGCGACCUUUUCGGCCACAAGUUUAGAGGACACCUUGCCACCAAGAAACAACUGGCGCAGCAGCAGCAGCAGCAGCAGCAGCAGCAGCAGCAGCAGCAGCAGCAGCAGCAGCAGCAGCAGCAGCAGCAGCAGCAGCAGCAGCAGCAGCAGCAGCAGCAGCAGCAGCAGCAUCAGCAGCAGCAGCAGCAGCAGCAGCAGCAGCAGCAGCAGCAGCAGCAGCAGCAGCAGCAGCAGCAGCAGCAGCAGCAGCAGCAGCAGCAGCAGCAGCAGCAGCAGCAGCAGCAGCAGCAGCAGCAGCAGCAGCAGCAGCAGCAGCAGCAGCAGCAGCAGCCAGCAGCAGCAGCAGCAGCAGCAGCAGCAGCAGCAGCAGCAGCAGCAGCAGCAGCAGCAGCAGCAGCAGCAGCAGCAGCAGCAGCAGCAGCAGCAGCAGCAGCAGCAGCAGCAGCAGCAAGCAGCAGCAGCAGCAGCAGCAGCAGCAGCAGCAGCAGCACAGCAGCAGCAGCAGCAGCAGCAGCAGCAGCAGCAGCAGCAAGCAGCAGCGCAGCAGCAGCAGCAGCAGCAGCAGCAGCAGCAGCAGCAGCAGCAGCAGCAGCAAGCAGCAGCAGCAGCAAGCAGCAAGCAGCAGCAGCAGCCGCAGCAGCAGCAGCAGCAGCAGCAGCAGCGCAGCAGCAGCAGCAGCAGCAGCAGCAGCAGCAGCAGCAGCAGCAGCAGCAGCAGCAGCAGCAGCAGCAGCAGCAGCAGCAGCAGCAGCAGCAGCAGCAGCAGCAGCAGCAGCAGCAGCAGCAGCAGCAGCAGCAGCAGCAGCAGCAGCAGCAGCAGCAGCAGCAGCAGCAGCAGCAGCAGCAGCAGCAGCAGCAGCAGCAGCAGCAGCAGCAGCAGCAGCAGCAGCAGCAGCAGCAGCAGCAGCAGCAGCAGCAGCAGCAGCAGCAGCAGCAGCAGCAGCAGCAGCAGCAGCAGCAGCAGCAGCAGCAGCAGCAGCAGCAGCAGCAGCAGCAGCAGCAGCAGCAGCAGCAGCAGCAGCAGCAGCAGCAGCAGCAGCAGCAGCAGCAGCAGCAGCAGCAGCAGCAGCAGCAGCAGCAGCAGCAGCAGCAGCAGCAGCAGCAGCAGCAGCAGCAGCAGCAGCAGCAGCAGCAGCAGCAGCAGCAGCAGCAGCAGCAGCAGCAGCAGCAGCAGCAGCAGCAGCAGCAGCAGCAGCAGCAGCAGCAGCAGCAGCAGCAGCAGCAGCAGCAGCCAGCAGCAGCAGAAGCAGCA